AUGCCUCAACCCUUGCCUAAGCAGAAGCCAGACUCCGCUGAAAUCCGCUCUGCCACGCCUCUCCCCCAAGUUGAUACGGGUGAGGGUCUGUGGGUGAAAGGUGAGGAUAAAGGCAACAAAAAGGAACGUCUGUCACAGAGCAAGCCAGACCUUGAGUGUGGUCUUUCUAGAAAGGAGCUUUUGGCCUCUCCUCAUGAACCGUUGAUAAAGGCUCCAUCGGAUGAUGUUAAAGAGGAAUCUGGGUUGGUUUAUAAGACCAAAAAUCUCGGCCUUGAAAAUGAAAAGGCUCAUAGAAAUCCCGCCGAUGCUAGCAACAAUCCCGAAGAUGCUAGCAUUGGAGAGAUCAUGCCGUGCUUUGAGUCAGCAAAUUGUUCAGUGGAACUACGGUAUCCUAACCAGGACGCACUCCCAGGUUCCAGUCUUAGGAAUAUGACUGAAGAAAACCGGCUGAAGUGGGGUCAAGGCGAGGGCAUUAACAUGAACGAUUUGGUUUCGCAUUUUGAUAAAGCUUUUUCUAAAGACGACACAGAAGAAACUAUAUCUGAUAAGAAAACUUCACAUGAUGGCAUCGAUAAAAUUCCCAUCCACGAGCGAUGCACAUCUUCAAAUAUGUUAUGUGAUCAAAGCGAGGACAUCGGCGGUAUGGACGCAAACCAUGGCCUUGAACCUUGGAUCAAAAACACUUCUGAAGUCACUAGAGGACCGUCAGCCAAGGACACAAGUUACUCUAACGAGGAACCUCUCAGCGCAUCAUCCGUCCAACUUUCUGGCCUCUGUCCCACCCCACCACCCCGUGGAGAUGUGAAUCUUUUACGACCUGUCUCCUUGAGCGCCGUUGGUCAUCCAGUGACGACAGGUGACUCUGCUCCUUCUAAUGCUCAGCUUGAUAUUCAGGUUGGGUCGGCCACAGUUGCCGAAAACGCUCGUAACAAGUCAAUGGAUAAUGCUGAGAAGUGGGACACUAACGCCGAUUUUUCAUUAAAUGAUGGUGCUCGUGAGAUAACGGACGAGGACUGCAUCACGCUGGGCCUUUAUGAUGGAUGGCCCUACAAACUCAGCGACGUUAAUACUGGCCUUCCACCUAUGACCGAAGAGUCCUGGCGUGUGCUGGAAACUAAGCAAACUGUCAGGCAUUUUGCUUCCGACGGCCCUUCUAAAGUCGACACUAGAAGGGUGACAGCAGAGAACCCUUCAGCAGGCACUAGACCUCUGCUUUCAAUUAUCGCCAACGUCUCUAGUCUUAGAAAUAUGGAACUCGACGAGCCGUUCAAACUCUUUAAGCCUCCCAAGCCUAAGCCAAUGCAACAGGAAGAAGCUGUGUCUGAUAUAGUCGACGCCUCUAGUCACAAUUUUACACAGUUGUCUGUAAUACCGUUCCAUACAGCAAAUUCUAAAACUAGAACUCAUUCAGUUAUUGACACUGCAGCGCACCUGAGUGGAGUGCCAGAGAUGAAUGACAUCUCCAGCCCGAUGAAGGACACCACCAAAGAUAUGCCUGCUGACUUUAGCCUCCGAAAAUGGACAGGUGAUGAUUCUGUUGAACCAGACAUCAAGGACGCCAAGUUGGUUUCCAGCGACUCUGCACGACUGGAAUCUUCAUCUGCGUCGCAGGAUGUAUCAUUCAUGCUUUGGACUAACUGCUACCCUGACGAUCUUGACAAGGCCAGAGAACUUAAAGCAAGUACCGGUGCCCCUGGGAUCCGAGUUCACUCUGUGGACGUUUUGUUCCGUGCUACUUUAAACCCGCAAGUUUUGGAUGAAGUCGAUGCCUCCCAGAAUAGUGACAAUUCCAGGACAGAAAUGGAAACGUAA